AUGACCGAGGAUACCUUCAGAGAUCUUUGGAAAAGAGGGUAUCCUUUCGUGAUCAGAGGCGCGGAUAAAUUAGAAGAAAAAAUUUGGAGACCAAACUAUUUCAUUGAACAUUAUGGUGAUAAAGAUUGUACGGUAAUCGAUGUCAAGGAGAAUGUCGAGUAUAAAAUGGAUGUUAAAACAUUCUUUAAGGGCUUUGAAGAUAUCAGUAGUCGAUUCGUGAACAAAGCUGGAAUUUGUCCAUGCCUAAAAUUAAAAGACUGGCCUCCAGCAGAUGAUUUCGCAGAAACGUUCCCAGAACAUUAUAAAGACUUCUAUAAUUCUUUGCCAUUUAAAGAAUAUACAACUCGUAGUGGAGUUUUGAACCUGGCUCACAGAUUGCCAUUAGAGAUUAAUCGUCCUGAUCUUGGUCCAAAGAUGUACAAUGCUUAUGGUUCUGAAGAUAACGUAGGUGGCAAAGGUACUACAAACCUUCAUCUUGAUAUGACCGAUGCAGUUAAUAUGAUGGCAUAUGCUCCGAGCGUUGAAAAUCGCUUAGAAGAAGAACGGGAUAAAACAGCAGCAGCAGUCUGGGAUUUAUAUCAUCCAGCUGACCUUCCAAGAGUAAGAAGAUUCUUAAGGAAAAUUGCAAAGGAACACGGAUUGUCGAUUAACCACCCUAUACAUGACCAAUGUUUCUAUUUGGACAAAGAACUGAGAAGUCGAUUGGCUUCCGAAGAGGGUGUUACGGGAUGGAGAGUAUUCCAAAACCCUGGUGAUGUCGUCUUUGUUCCCGCAGGAUGUGCACAUCAAGUUUGUAAUUAUACGAGCUGUGUCAAAGCCGCAGUUGACUUUGUUUCUCCAGAAGGAGUUGCUCGAAGCUACGUUGUAAACCAGCAAUUCAGAAAGUUGCGUCAUGGCCAUAAGAGAAAGACGGAUAUUCUUCAACUUCCAAAUAUUCUUUAUCAUGCCUGGAUUACUUCUUGGGAUGAAAGCAACGAUUAA